AUGUCGUGUCAAUAUAAUUGGAAUUCAAAAUGGGAUGAUUCAAUAAAAGAACAAAAAGAAAAAUAUUCAAAAAUAGAUAAAGAAAAAAUAAAUAAAAAAAAAUCUAAAUUUAUUACAAAUAAUGAUCAAGAUGAAAUUAACAAAGAAACCAAAUCAGAUAUUAAAAAAAUUGAUGAAAAUAAAAUAGACGAUAUUGUUGCUCAAGCUACCGAAUAUUAUAUUCAAGAAUUUGAUCUUAAAAGUAAAAAAAAAAUUAAAGAGAUCAAAGAUAAUUUUAAGGAAUAUAUUAUGCAAAUAAAUGAUAAUUUCAAUGAUAUCGAAAGUAUUGAAUUAGAAAAUGAAAUCAAUGAUGAUAUUGACCCUAAAGCAAUAAGGAUACUUCUUAUUAUUACUCGAAUAACUUAUCAAGAAAUAAUAAAUUCAAAUAUUAAAAAAACAGAAAGUAGAUAUUUUGAAUUUAGACCAAGUGGUAGAUCAGAUCGUGAUGAUUAUAAUAAUUGGUCAAGACUUGUUGAUAAUUUUGUUUUAUCACCAAGUGAAAGAAGACAAAAAUAUAGAAAUCACAGAUAUUAA